GCAACUUAGAAGCUGACGAAGCGACGUGUCUGUGUUUGACAGGAUAUCAGUUUUCUCUUUAUAGAGAUGGUUGAUAAUACAGGCAAUUAUUUAGAUAGAAAAAGCCAUAAGUAUAAUUUUUCUGUUGCAGGUGCGAGAGCUAGUUGUAGUUCAGGUGAGGAUGGUGCCAGUUCCAUUAAGGAGCAAGAUCGAUUGCUUCCCAUAGCUAAUGUUGGGCGAAUCAUGAAACAGAUUUUGCCUCACAAUGCAAAAAUCUCGAAAGAAGCAAAAGAAACCAUGCAAGAAUGUGUAUCGGAGUUCAUUAGCUUUGUUACUGGAGAAGCAUCAGACAAGUGUCACAAGGAGAAGCGAAAGACAGUUAACGGAGAUGAUAUUUGUUGGGCUCUUGCCACUCUAGGGUUUGAUAACUAUGCGGAUCAAUUGAAAAGGUACUUGCAUAAGUAUAGGGAAUUUGAAGGACAAAGAGCUAAUCAAAACAAGGCUGGUGGCAGCGAAGAAAAGGAUGAACCAUCCAACGUUUAUAGGGCUGAACCAACAAGGAAACCUGCCGUUUCUUUUUCAAAUCAAUUGAACUUCAAUGUGACGGACAGGAGUAAUAAUAGCUCCGGCCGUUUUUGAAACAUAUGUGUUUGAAGCGUGGUAAUUUUUCUAUUUUUAUAUUAUGAUGUGCCUAUAAUUUUAUGAUGCUCUAUAUUACAUGGGGGAGGCCUGGAUGCUGUGGGGACGUUUCAGAUGUUUCGGCCAUUGAGGCCAAAGGACCCUUCCCCUGUUAUCAGCUUGAGAGUUACGGGGAAUCGAAGCUAAUCCUUGUAUUUAAUUUCUGCUGAAAUUAUGCUUUCGUAUUAGAUAGUAUUAUAACUAAGUUGCACCGACAGCUCUAUCUUGGUUUGUAAUUUGGAAUUUUAUCUGAAUAUCUAGGGUCUGGGUUUGGUUUGAGAUUACUAUAUAA